AUGGGUGCGUCUCUUCCUUUGUUUGCAAAAUCAACUGUUGAACAACACAACACUGAAAAAUCAUGUUGGGUUACUCUUUACAACCGGAAAGUGUAUGAUGUUACAAAUUUCUUAGAAGAGCAUCCUGGUGGUCCGGAAUACAUCAUGGAUUACGCCGGUAAAGAUAUCACUCAGAUCCUUGCGGAUGCAGAAUCUCAUGAACACUCUGUGAGUGCGUACGAAAUGUUGGAUGAUGGUAUGUUAAUUGGGUAUUUAGCUACGCCAGAGGAAGAAAAAGAGUUACUUGAAAAACAUAAAGACAUCAAGUUGAAGCCUGAAUAUGACGAUGAUGGUUUAAGGGUUGCAGAUUUGACAGAAUUCGGUGAAAUUCCAGAUGACUUACUGCAUUUAAAGACAGAUCAUAGUGACGAUUACAAGAAGCAUAAAUUCUUAGACUUGGAUAAGCCUCUUAUCAUGCAAGUUUUACGUUCAAACUGGACGAGAGAUUUCUAUAUUGAUCAAAUACAUAGACCAAGACAUUAUGGUAAGGGAUCUGCUCAGUUGUUUGGUAACUUUUUGGAACCAUUGUCACUUACGCCUUGGUGGGUUGUUCCAUGUCUUUGGCUUCCAGUCAAUUUCUACAUUCUAUCCAUUGCAGCGAGGAACUUAUCACCCUUAACCACCUUUACAUUCUGGGCAAUAGGUUUGUUUACAUGGACCUUGAUUGAAUAUUGCAUGCACAGAUUUUUAUUCCAUCUUGAUGAUAAUCUACCAGAAAACAGAUUUGCAUUUACUCUGCACUUUUUAAUGCACGGUGUUCACCAUUAUUUACCUAUGGAUAAGAUGAGAUUAGUCAUGCCUCCUACACUUUUUGUCGUUCUAGCAUAUCCAUUCUACAGACUCGUGUUUGCCCUUCUUCCAUAUUAUAUUGCAUGUGCCGGGUUUGCAGGUGGGUUCCUCGGAUAUAUCAUGUAUGAUGUUACUCACUAUUCUUUACACCACAAGAGAUUACCAGAUUAUGUUGAGAAGUUGAAGAAGAACCAUUUGGAGCAUCACUAUAAGAACUAUCAACUAGGUUUUGGUGUCACGUCAAUGUUUUGGGACCAUGUUUUCGGUACCGACUUGCAUCCAAAUGAUGUCUACCGUAAACGUAACUAA